CUGGCCAUUGAUUGGCCAAAUCCUAUUGCUCAUGCCCGCCGAAGCCGAUGCUAACCAAAUGCGCUAGAUGUUCUUUCUUUUCUGACUCCAUUUUGUUGUGUUGUGUAUAAUUUUAUAAAACUUGUGUGUAAAUAAUUCUAUUAUCGUGUUGAAAUAAAAAAAUGAGCGAUUUUUCCGGCGUAGCGCCUCCACCUCCGCAAACGAAUUACGAUAAAUCGUCUGCGUUCGCAGCAGCCCUUCAACGUGCUAAACAGAUUGCCGCUAAAAUCAAUCCAAACGCAACUACUCCAGGAGAAAAUCGUGGUAAAAGGCCUUUGGAAGAUAGUCCUGAGGAUAUGGGUCUUUCAGAACCAGAACCAAAAAAGGGACCUGGAAUGAGUGGAGCACUUAUGGGCAUGGGAAGGCCACCACAGGGUGUGCCUCCAAUGGGCAACGGAAUGGACGACGACUUGAAACCUCCUGGAGGAGGGUCUGGUGGCCCUGGUGGACCCAGGAUGAGUAUGGGAAGUUCUCGGGGAGGACAGAAUAGCUUGGAAAUUAUGCUACCUGGUCCAAAAGUGGGUUUAAUUAUUGGAAAAGGUGGAGAAACUAUUAAGCAACUUCAAGAGAAGAGUGGAGCUAAAAUGGUGGUCAUUCAGGAUGGCCCUGGACAAGAAUUGGAAAAGCCAUUAGUUAUUACUGGCGAUGCACAAAAAAUCGAAUACGCUAAACAAUUGGUUUAUGAAUUAAUAGCUGAGAAAGAGAUGAAGGGUUUCAAUAACCGUGGAGGUGGUGGCGGCGGCGGUGGUGGAAGAGGCGGCCGAAAUGAUAGUUUCAGAGGAAGCAACAACGGCGGGGGCGGUUAUGACAACGACUUUGGUGGCGGCGGCGGCGGCGGCGGUGGAGGCGGUGGCGGUGGGGAUUUUGAGGUAUUAGUCCCCAAAGCCGCAGUAGGUGUCGUCAUAGGAAAAGGAGGUGACAUGAUCAAAAAAAUUCAAAGUGAGACAGGUUGCAGGGUGCAAUUCCAGCAGGCUAGAGACGAAGGACCCGGCGAUAGAAAGUGUUUUCUGAGUGGGAACCCCAAACAAGUAGAUCAUGCCCGACAAAAAAUUGAAGAGUUAAUUGACAGUGUCUUGCAAAGAGAUGAAGGCGGUGGUGGUUUUGGAGGAGGCCAAGGAGGCUUUGGAGGUGGACGUGGAGGCCGUGGUGGCGGUAGAGGUGGUAGAGGGGGAAGAGGAGGUCAUUUUGGCAAUGAUAGAAAUGGCGGAGGUGGUGGUAGUGAUUAUGGUGGCCAAUCCAAUUGGAAUGACAGGGGAGGAUCGGGCAAUAAUCAAGAAGUGACGUUUGUUGUUCCAGCAAACAAAUGUGGUGUUAUUAUUGGAAAAGGUGGAGAAACUAUCAAACAAAUCAAUCAACAAUCUGGCGCCUACUGCGAACUGGACAGACGAAGUAAUGCAAACGCUACCGAGAAAACUUUCACAAUAAAAGGCGAUCCAGAUUCCAUAGAAACAGCCAAGCGGAUAAUCAGUGACAAAAUUCAAAUUUCCAUUAAUUUCGUUAGUAGUAUGGGCGGAUCUGCGGGUAGUGGAGGAAUGGGCAGCAACAUGCCUACAGCUUAUCCAGGAAUGGCACCCCAAGGUUAUAAUCCCCAAGGCUGGGGCAUGCCAAAUUACGGGCAGCAACAGCAAUGGGGCGGUCAACAAGGAAAUGAUGGCGGCUCUCAAAAUAGUGCACCGGCGGGAAAUCCUGCUGCUGUACCAGGUGGCGGCGGCGUUGGAGUUAACCCUUCAACUGGACAACCGGAUUAUUCCUUACAGUGGGCAGAGUAUUAUCGGUCGUUAGGCAUGCACAGAGAAGCAGAAAUGAUCGAACAACAAGCAAAAGCAAAAACCGCUACUGGAGCUCCUGCUGCUCCACCAGCUCAAACUACCACUGCUCCUCCCGCUGUCGCAGGUGUUGCCGGGGCCGCCGCAGGCGGCCAACCAGAUUACAGUAGCCAAUGGGCUGAAUAUUACAGGAGCAUAGGUAAAAUUAAGGAAGCCGAAGCAAUAGAGGCGCAGAUGAAAAACAAGACUAGCGGUGCAGUGGGCGGAGUUCCAGGAGUGCCAGGGCCACAGGGCGCUGCAGGUGGAACUGGCGCGCCUGGUGGAUAUCAGCAACAAUCGUAUGGCGGGUAUCAAGCAGCUGGCGGCUACUACGGUGGUCAACCCCAAGCACAAGUUGCAGGGCAACAAAACUACAGUUUCCCACAGUAUGGAUAUGGUGGUCAACCCGCAGGUGCACCACCCUCAGAUUCCAAUUAAAAAUUUUAUGAUUUAAAGCUGCCCUCUAACCAAGGUCGACUGCACACAGAUUUAAUACCCAUAUUUUAAAAAUCACACUCCUUUAGACUUAAUCAAGCCUUUCUUAUUUCCUAAAUAUGGGUGCACAGUGGAUAGAAACUGAUCUACAUUGAUUUAAGUUUACUUUGAAUUUAUUCGUAUAAAAUAUAUUUAUGUCGACAUUGUCUUAAAAGGGUUUCUGAAUAAUAAUUUAGUUUAGUGAAUAAGUUUUGCUGUUUUUUAAAUAACGUUUUUUUGCUUUAUAUUUGACAUAAUAACAAUGCAGUAUUUAUUUUAUAAGGUAUUUUCCCCCAAUUCCAAACCAUCUUUGCUUUUAUUUAUUUUUUGGUGAUUUAUAAAAAGGUAUAAUUUUUAUGUCUUAUUAUAUUUUAUUUGUGAUUGCUUAAUUAUCAACAGGUUGAGCCAUCAACAAGGUAAGGAUUGCCUUUCAAAAAUGGUUGAAAUAAAAUUCAAUGGUACAAAUUUUUAGGUAUUCCAUAAUAAUAUUACCCUUAGAAAAUUAAAUACUGCUUCAAAAUAGACAGGUUUCAAUUUUAAUGAGCGUAUUUGUAUUUUGAUCUAAGUAUAUCUUAAGUGUAUGUAUUAUGUAUUUAGCAGUGCAACUGCACCCUACUGUAUGGAUUAUAAAUUAAAACUUACAUCUGUCGUUGUUUGUUGUUUUUUAUUCUGUUUUUUCAGAGUUUACCCCAUCUCCAUCUAUCCAAUAGCAGUUGUCAGCGGAGAUGCUCCAGAAUCCCUGGACCUAAAUGUUUUAUAUUAUUUGACAUUUACAUAUUUCACUUACUAUUUAUAAAUUUAAUCUUUUGGUGAUUUAAUGCAUUCUUUUGUUUAAUUUAAUAUCAAAAUUUAUACUGUUUUUUUUUACAUAAAUAUUCUCUCUAUUUUAUCGUCAUUGGUAAAUUUAUUUUAGCUUAUUAUUAAGCUGCAGCCUCUAGGAGGAGAAUUGGAUUAUGAGUUUUUACCAUUUUUAUAAUUACUUAUCAUGUUUUUG